UGUGUGUGUGUGUGUGUGUGUGUGUGUGUGUGCUAAUAGCUCAUUGGCUGUCAGUGUGCUGCUAUGAACCAGUAUAAUGAGUGGGCUAUCAUCUUGACUGCAGGUUUCCUGGAGUCAUGCGCGAUUGCAGCCUGUGAUUUAAAGGUUUGGAGCAGACUUGAAGUGAGGUGAGUUGUGUUCACAGGAAGAUGAUUACUCUGGUGUUUACCAGCGUUGUAGCGGGACUACUGGCCCUCGUUCUGUACCAGAAGAUCACUUAUCCCUUCUUCUGGGAGGAUCUGAUGUAUUACUUGAAACUUCGGAGGUACAGAAAGACGCUGCAGGCCGGUAUGAAGCAGGGAAUCACCACAUACCUCGACUGUUUUCUCCACCGGGCGAGGACGAACCCGAACAAACCCUUCAUUAUCUUCGAAAACCAGACCCUGACAUACCAGGAUGUGGAUUACAGAAGUAACCAGUUUGCCAACGCGUUCAGGGCGGAGGGCUCUCUCACAAAAGGGGACAUUGUUGCUCAGUUGAUGUGCAACGAGCCGGACUUCAUCUGUGUGUGGUUGGGACUGUGCAAAGUGGGCUGUGAAGUCGCGUUUCUUAACGUCAACGUGAAAGCCAAGUCUCUGCUCCACUGCGUUCAGAGCUGCGGGGCCAGGACGCUGGUUGUUGGCGCAGAUUCGGUGCAGUUGCUGGAGGAGGUGCUGCCUGACCUGAAGAAGGACAACAUGGCCGUGUGGGUGGUGGAUCACACAUCGCCCUCUGACGGCGUCAACACUUUAUUAGAUAAGGUGGAACGCAUGUCUGGAGAAACCUUAAGUGAACUUCCUAAAGUUGACAUCAUGUCAAACUUCCUCUUCAUUUUUACGUCGGGCACAACAGGUCUCUCCAAGGCGGCCCGCGUAGGUCAUCUGAAAGCCAUUGCGAGCAUGGCCUUCUUUACAAUGUGUGGAGCCAAAUCUGAUGACAUCAUCUACAUAACUCUUCCUCUUUACCACAUGUCUGCUUCCUUGUUGGGGAUUGGAGGAUGCAUACACCUUGGUGCAACGUGUGUGUUAAAAAAGAAGUUUUCUGCCAGUCAGUUCUGGAAGGAAUGUGUGCAGCACAAGGUGACAGUGGUGCAGUACAUAGGAGAACUCUGUCGAUACCUGGUCAAUCAUCCUGUGGUUCCAGAGGAGAGAAUUCACAGAGUUCGGCUGGCGGCAGGAAGUGGUCUCAGGUCAGAUGUUUGGAAGGAGUUUGCAAGACGCUUUGGUAGGAUCAAGAUCAGAGAGGGUUAUGGCCUGACUGAGGCCAGCAUCGGCUUCCUCAACUACACCGAUGAAGUUGGGCCGAUUGGGAGGGCAAGCUAUUUCAACAAGCUUUUUAUGCCGUUCGAGCUCCUCAGAUAUGAUCCACACACAUACGAGCCGGUAAGAACAGCCUCUGGAAGAUGCAAACGAGCACAAAUAGGAGAGGCAGGGAUCCUGGUGGCUCCCCUGACCACUAUGAACCAGUUCCUGGGCUACGCUGGUAACAAGGUCCAGUCUGAGAAGAAGCUGGUCAGGGAUGUGUUUAAAGAUGGGGACAUCUAUUUCAACACUGGAGACCUACUGCUGCACGAUCACAGGGAUUUUCUUUACUUCCAUGACCGCAUUGGAGACACCUUCAGGUGGAAGGGAGAGAACGUGUCCACCACAGAGGUGUCAGAGGUUUUAGGUCUUCUUGAUUUUAUUAGGGAAGCCAACGUCUAUGGAGUCACCGUCCCAGGAUAUGAAGGUCGAGCAGGUAUGGCUGCUGUUGUCUUAAAACAUGACCACAAGUUAAAUGGAACAAAACUCUACAACCACUUAGUACAAACACUUCCUGCGUACGCCUGGCCGCGCUUUCUCAGAAUACAGACCUCUCUGGAUGUGACUGAAACCUUCAAGCAGCAGAAGGUGAAACUGGUCCAGGAGGGUUUUAAUCCAGAUGUAACCAGGGACCCUCUGUAUUUCUUAAAUGUCUCUCAGAAGGAGUUUAUUCUCCUGACUGGAAGUAUAUAUGAAGACAUCGUGUCGGGAGAGAUCAGUUUAUAAAUGUUUUAAGACAUUUUAAUUCAAGAGUACUGACAGGCAUUUAAUGAUAAGAUUAAGAUGAUCCGUGUCAUGGCUGCAUUUCCAUUUGUCUGGGCUUAAAACCCUGAUUUGUGAUCAGUGGCACAGUAGCUGGUUCCCAGCAUUUAAAAACAAAACAGAGCUGUAUUUUCUAGGGACUCUGUCUCAUAGUCUGCGUAUGUCAAUAAGUUAUGAGCAAUUCUACCAACAAGUAAAUCUUCUUUCUCUUUUGAAUAAUUUAAAUCAGCCUGAAGAAGUAAAACCAUCCAGAAUUUAAAAAGAAAAGAAAAGAAUUGUUUUCAGUAAGUUCCUAACUUUAAUUUAUUUUUUUACCUUUACAAAGAGAAGGCCUUUAUUAGAAACAAGCACCUCUCCCUCCUGUUGCACUCAAGAGUCCAUGACUCCUCCCUUUACUAGUUCAGUUACAAUGAUGUUAGGUUUACAGUGCUAAAGAAAAGAAAACUGCAAAUCAAAGUGAUUGGUGAGUGAAAAUAGUAUUUAGAGGAAAAUGAGCAGCGGAGUGGGGAGUAUGACGUGACUCUGUUGUUGUACUGAUGGCAUUAGUGUGGAAAUGGAUAUUAUAUUGAAUUUAUUACAUGAGCUAUUAGACUACAAAUAAUUUGUUUAUUAGUGACCGGCCAUUCCAAUAAUAAUUCAUACUGACCAUGGCCUUUAUUUGAAUGACUUUCAUUUUGUGUGCAGACUUUUACUGAAGAAUUUAUGUUAUUUCCUUUUUCAUGCCUGGGGAAGAAAGGCAUAAAUACAUUUAUACUUAAGUGUAAAGUAGUAUUAGUAGAAAUUAUAGCUUAGCAUAGAGAGGUAACAGUACUAAAAUGUAACUGUUUAAACUUAAAAAUUAAUAUAAAGUUCACUGUACCUACAUUUAUAGAAGUUGUUGCCCAGAACAAAACUGUUUGACUAUACUCCAAACAACUACAAACAGAAGUAUGGUAAGAUUUAAUGGAAGCAAUGGAUAUAAAGAAGAUAAAUGUUAUUAAUUUAUCUUAAAUUAAAAUUUUAACCAUUUUUUAGAUAUUUACUCAACAACUUAGGGAAUAAUAUUAUUAUUUAAACAACUGGAUAGAAAUAUUUUAACACUACGAAAUUUGAAAUCUUUUUCAAUUCAUAUUUUUUUACUGUAGUUUAGUUUUUGAAAUAAAUUAACAACCGUUGCAUUUUUUUUCUGCUCCAACUUUGUAAUGUUUGUAAGUAAUGUUUAAUGAAAAAUUGUUAAUCUUUUAACUCUUAAUUUUCAAAAAAUCUUUUAACCAGGACAUGUAAUUUAUUGUUCAUUGUAAUUUCAUACACCACUGUAAACAUAAAAAAGACCAUAUUUUCUUAUUUCUACAUUAAUGUACAUAUGUUAAAUGAAUUGUAACUAAUGUAAAAAAUAAACUUUUAAUUAAUGUCAAA